AUGAAGACUCCUCCAGACAGGACAGGAAUCAAGUUUGAGGUGGGCGCACAACUGCAGGCGAGAGACCGCCACAAAAACUGGUACUCUGCCACCAUCGACAAAGUCGACUACGACAAAGAACGCGUUCUCAUCCACUUUCGACGAUGGAGCCGCCGUCAUGAUGAGUGGUUUCACUGGAAUUCGCCGUACCUGCGGCCACUAGAGCGAGUCAGCCUGAGGAGGCGGCGGGGACUCGAUCCCACAAGCGUGUCGACGUUUGUUCCCGGCACCAAAGUUCUGGCCUGUUGGACCGACUGUCGUUUCUACCCAGCCAAAAUCCUGCGUGUCAACAAUGAUGAUUCCUACACAGUACGCUUCUAUGAUGGCGUGGUUCGGACUGUGAAGCCCACCAAGGUCAAAGCCUUACAGAAAAAAUCAAAAUGUGAGAAAAAAGCUCAAGGAAGUGAGGGUUUGGAAGAGGGAGAGAGUGAAGAGGAGUGUGAGGAAGGAGGCAAAGAGGAAGAAGAGGAGAAAGAGGAAAAACCGGAAGGUGAAAGAGGGCUACAACCGUCUUCGUCGUCAUCAUCGUUGCCUCCACCUGCAGUCGAGAAGAGUCUUUCUCUAUCACCAGGUGGAAACAAUGAGACUCAAAAGCAGCCAAUUACAAGCGAGCUCAGCCAGCCUGCUGUACCAAACCCCACACAUAUUGAGAAAGAUGUGCUGUUGGAGCGCCAAGCCCAUUUGCCCACUACUCACAAAUUCAGCAGAGAACCAUUGUACAGGGUGAUCAAGAACCAGCCACCCCCCAUCCUCUCCAUUGAACUUGACCACAAUCCUUUCAAAUGUUCAUCUGAGGGUUGCACCAAAUCCUUCCGGAAAGCCAGUCUGCUACACUACCAUAUCAAGUACUACCACUCAGAGCAGCAGCCGCUGGAAGAACAAAGCAGUACAACAGUGGUGGACCAGCCCAGGAGGAAGCGUUCAUCAUCUGAAGAGGGCCACUUCCUGUAUGACAUGGCAAGUGUCGCAUGUAACCAUGAUGAGAAAGAGCACAAGACUACGGUAACAGGGAUGAAGGGGGACAAAAGUUAUCAAGACAGGAAAGAGAGGAAAAACUUCCUGAGGGUCAAACUGAAAAAAAAGAAGAAGAAGAAAAAGAAGAAAAAGACAAAUCAAUCAGAAGUUUGCAGUAGUGACAACGAGGGCUUGACAUUAUCUCCCAUCAUGUUCAAACUGAACGAGGAGCACCCCAGCACUCACACAUUGGACGAUGGCAGCGACUGGUCAACGCUGACAGCGGAGAGCGGCGAGGACGCACCCUUCUGGUCGUUCACCACAGGGACAGAGGAUUAUGAGGUGGUUAGGUGUGUUUGCGAGGUGGAUGAGGAGAAUGACUUCAUGAUCCAGUGUGAGUCGUGUUUGUGUUGGCAGCACGGCACCUGUAUGGGCUUGUAUGAGGACAACGUCCCACGCAACUACAUCUGCUACCAUUGCAGACAUUGUUCAGGUUGGCGGCGGACUCAGUGUUACCUGUCCGAGCCCGACAUGUUGACUUCCGGGCGCAUGUUCGGCCUGUCUUUUGUGAGGGAAAACUACUCAGACAGCAACGCCUCUACCAUUAUGCAAACUAGCGGCCUCCUGGCACACACACACAGCCUCAAUCAGGUCCUCAGCGGGCUGCAGCUGAAGAUCAGCCUCUUACGCGCUCCGUCACACCCUGACCUACAGCUGUGGCGGUUGCCAUGGACGCUGGAGGAGGAGCAAAAACCAAGAGGAGAGACCCCCAUCAGUUAUGUCAGCAGCGAACACUGUUACCAGAAGCCCGGUGCGUCAUGGGAAAAGGCACAGGACAAGCCAACGGCCGCUGUGAAACAGGAAAUAUGGGAUGAGGAGGAUAAGGAAAUAAAGCGCGGAGACAAGCUAUGUUUUGAAGGUGACUGGCGCAGCCAGGCUAAAAGAGCGAAGAACUUGUGCACGAAUGGCGACGAAGGGGAUAUGUGCGCUCGCAUGGCGACCUCGCCAACCUCAGUGACCAUGUGCCAGCUUAAUCUGCUUGAGCAUGUCGAAGGUCUACACCAGCAGAUCAGCACCAGGAUGGACAUAAUCGAGAAGGACAUUGAUGUUUUGGAGUCAUGGCUGGACCACUCUGGUGAGCUAGAACCUCCUGAGCCGUUGACCCGCUUGCCGCAGCUCAAACAGCGAAUCAAACGUCUGCUUCACGACCUGUCCAUCGUGAGACAACUUUCCGUGCGACAUUGGCACUCCAGCUAA